AUAGAAGAACAAGGCGAUAAGGAUUCUUAUCAACUGAAAAUACCAAGCGUAAUGGAUGGUACUAUAUAAAUACUUUGAUACUGAUAGGAGAUUGCAGAUUAACAUACAGAAUAGUGACGAGAACCAAAUUUAACACUACGGUGACAAUAAAACAAAGAACGAAAAAUGGUUGUACGUCAUACAAUCCAGGGAUAUGAAAACUUUUUGAAAUUUAUGGAAAAGUUCGAAGCCAACGAACCGGUUUAUGUGCUUUAUAGUGGUACGAAACUUCCCAAUGGAAAAAGUUGGUGUUCCGACUGCGUUGAAGCGGAACCUUUUAUAGAAGAAGGAAUAAAAGCAGCUCCAGAAUCAGUACACUUGGUUGUCGUAGAAGUCGGAGAUCGACCACUCUGGAAAGACUUGAAUUGUCCAUUUCGAAAAAAUUCUACCACCAAGUUAAAAGUACUACCAACGUUGGCAAGAUGGGGUACACAAAAACGUCUGGAAGGUGAUCAGUGUCUGAAAGUGGAUCUCAUUGAAAUGUUACUGACAGAUGACGAUGAUUAAAGAACAAUAGUCUUGUUGCACUAAUGAAGUUCAAGACAAGCAGUUCUGUAAGUCUCCAAAGAUAAAUAUUGCAUCCAAAGUUGUUUAGUAUGAGAUUGUUUUUUUUUUUGUUUUAUUGUUAAAAAACCACAGUAGAAUUAUCCAUUCUAUUUUAUACAAACAUGU